GGAGAGGAGAUCGACAGUAAACGCCUUUUUGUUAUACCUAUUUAAUAAAUUUUUAAGCAAAGUGUAAACAAUGUUGGUUAAUUUGCAAAGUGUACGUCAAUAUUUGAGCGAGCUACGAAAUUCUGGAGGAUUACAUAAAGACCAGGCCGAGAAAUAUCGUAAUGUAUUGAUGGAAAUCCUCAAAAACCCUGAAGGUGAACUAGCAGAAUGCUUGAAAGUAUUCGUAGAAGCAAUUGUAAAUGAAAAUGUAAGCCUAGUGAUAUCGCGUCAGCUCCUCACAGAUGUCAGUACACACUUAGCGUUGUUACCAGAUAAUGUCUCACAAGAAGUGUCCCAUUUUGCACUGGACGUGAUACAGCCUCGAGUGAUAUCUUUUGAGGAACAGGUAGCAAGCAUAAGACAGCAUCUAGCAGAUAUUUAUGAACGCAAUCAAAAUUGGAAAGAGGCAGCAAAUGUUCUUGUUGGUAUUCCAUUGGAGACGGGACAAAAACAAUAUUCUGUUGACUACAAACUCGAGACCUAUUUAAAGAUUGCUCGACUCUACUUAGAAGUUGAUGAUCCAGUGCAAGCUGAAGCAUUUGUAAAUAGAGCAUCUUUAUUACAAGCAGAAACAACUAAUGAGCAGCUUCAAAUAUACUACAAAGUUUGUUAUGCCAGAGUGUUAGAUUAUAGGAGGAAAUUUAUAGAAGCUGCACAAAGAUACAACGAGUUGUCAUAUCGCAAUAUCAUUCAUGAAGAUGAAAGAAUGACAUGUCUCAGGAAUGCACUUAUUUGCACAGUACUUGCUUCUGCAGGACAACAAAGAUCUCGAAUGUUAGCGACACUGUUCAAGGAUGAGCGUUGCCAACAAUUGCCAGCAUACUCCAUUUUAGAGAAGAUGUAUCUCGAUCGCAUCAUUCGUCGCUCAGAGCUACACGAAUUCGAAGCAUUAAUGCAAACUCACCAAAAGGCGUCGACCCCGGACGGCUCGACGAUCCUCGACCGCGCGGUGUUCGAGCACAACCUGCUGUCGGCCAGCAAGCUGUACAACAACAUCACGUUCGACGAGCUCGGCGCGCUGCUGGAGACGCCGCCCGCGCGCGCCGAGCGCAUCGCCUCGCACAUGAUCAGCGAGGGCCGCAUGAACGGCUACAUCGACCAGAUCAGCGCCGUCGUGCACUUCGAGACUCGAGAAAUUUUACCGCAGUGGGACAAGCAAAUUCAAAGCUUGUGCUAUCAAGUUAACAGCCUUAUUGAAAAAAUUGCUGCCGCAGAACCAGAGUGGAUGGCCAAGCUGAUGGAGGAAGAAAUGAUUCAGUAAAAACUAAUUGUAUAUUAUAUAAAAUAAAUAAUAAAAGAAACUCUUUACGUGUUCGAUUUCAAUUUAAGAUGAACAGUGGCUUUCAUUAUCAUUGUUUCGUUUAUUUCAAAUUAUAAACUUUGAUGUAUUUGUCUCAACUCAAAUUCAAUUUGUCUCAACAUAAAAGUUCUGUAUUCUUAAAGACUAGAAUUAAAGAAGUUAUCACCAGUUA